CAACGGAGUCCUCGGUUGCCACGGCAACACAACUCGAGACGACGAUGGUUCACCACUGAGUGAAAAUGCCACCAAAAGCAGCGAAACGGGACUCGGCUAAAAAGCCCAAAACCCAUGAAGCGGGCAAAAAAAACGGACAGACAGGACUCAUCAUAGCGCCGUUUGAAGAGGACUCAUGGAAGGCCUGUGUGUCUCUGGUGGUUGGGGGUCCAGAGGAGGAGGAGCUGAUCCAGGCUCUGACUUUGGCUGUUCAGCAACCACAGCGCAAACUAUUCAGCUUGAUAACCUGGGACAGCACCCUUGCAAAGAUCCAUGAACUGGGGAAUCCCAAAACAAAGAAAACUGAUGACACCCCCAUGUACUACGAGGUUACAGAGCUUGCUAAGGUACUGCUGGAUGCAGGAGAGGAGAUCCCCUGUGACCUGAUGGCAAAAAUACUGAAGUUCCAGCUGCUACAUAUCAAAACCAAUGAUCAGCAGAGGAGGGAAGCCGAGCAGGGAAAGGGAAAAGCAGCUCCCUCGCCUCAAGAGCCUUCCAAGGGGAAGAAAACCAAGCUCAAGCGCAGGAAUGAACCGCCUGUCUGUAUAGAUGAUGAGCCAGACUGUGGCCCUCAACACUACGUCCUGUUACUGGGAUUCUACCAGCCACGACUGAUUGGGCUGCUUGAUGCCAUGGGUGUGCAUGUUGCUAAUGUCGUCAGAUUGUGUUCGGAGCCCUUCCAAAGUUUUGGUGGUCAGCAGGAGCAACAUAGCUGUGAGGAAAAUGAGCAGAGUCUGACAGCAUCCUCAGUUUCAGGUGCAGAAGAAAAAGUUUGCAGCAGUGAAAAAGUGGCUGUGAAGGUCAAGAAGGUUGCUCUGUUCUGGUCAUCUCUAAGAGCAGUUUUGGGCAGUGGUCCACCAGACUCCAAGCUUCAUGAUGUGGUUCAGCUCAGCUACACUGUUCCAGAUCUGCUGCUUCCCUUUCACACACAGGACCCUAAAGCUGUGCUGGAGUUGGGAAGCCGAAUCUUUGGUGGUGUGGCCAAACUCAUCUAUGACAGUCUGGACUGGCGAAGGCAGCAUCAACACUACCAGGACAACAUCAAACUCAUCAAUAUGCCCACUGUUGUUGGGCUGGAUUCACAGCCUGUAAAGAAGGAGAGCCGACCAGACCAAGAGACCAAGCUGCCUCCUCUCUCUGCAGAUGUUGACAUGCGUCACUAUAGCAACCUGCUGGACCUGGUUCCCUCUGAAGCCUGCUCUGUGCCUUUGAUGCUGGACUGUAUGCUGGAACAGGUGGUGAUUUCCACAGAGCAACCAGCUUUGCACACGGCAUCUCAUACGGUUGCAGAGACCGAACCUGUCCGUGGUUCUUGGUCUGACUAUGAGCGGGUUAGCUACAUGCUCCAGACUUUCCUGCCACUGGUGCACACAGAAGAGGAAAGAAGCCACAUGUUGUACAGCCUUCUAACUACAAUGCAGAAUAAAGAAGACAAGAAGAGGCUAGUGGAGAAGUUUGGAGCAAGGAAGACUCAGAAGAAGUCUGAGCAGUCUCUGGUUAUCAGACACCAUGAUGAGAGGGCUCUACGCUUAAGGGACAUCAAUGAGGUUCAAGGUUUGGAUCCAGCAAAGGUGGAGCUGUCCAUGAUGAAGAUGACUCCAGUGUGGGAGCUGAUUGAGUCGGUAGCUCAGCAGAGGAACAGCAACUCCUGCUGGAUGUCGAUCAGACAACAGCUACAGCACUACUGCACAGAUGAGACGGUGUCAUGGCCGGAGGUGGAGCGUCUGUGUCAUCAGAGUGUGUUUGAGACGAUGCCGCUGAGCAGACUGGAUCAGCAGGGUGUGUUAGUGAAUGCUGCUCGACCACUGGGAACACUGGACCCAGCACAGCAGCAGACCUCAGUAAUCCCCUGGGACAACCCAACAUCCUAUGCAAAACAACAGCUUCAUAAUCUGCAGAAUGAAGGUCCAACAUUUCUAACUGAAGACCCAGGUAACACAGAGCAUUUCAGUGGGAGAGUGUGCAGUCAGCUGAAGUUAUCUGACCUGCAGAGCUGUAGGCUGAGAUCUCUGCUUGAUUGGCAUUAUUCUGAGCACCAUGAUGCCACCAUUUUUCCACAGGUGCUUCAGUCAGCCUCAGAGGAAUAUCGCUGCUUGGAUACCUUCAGAGGAAGCCACAAGAGCAUCUUGUACAUUUUCUGCCACAAUCCCAUGAGUCCUCAGCGUCAGUCUAAAGAGUUCUGGAAUGUGGCCCUUCACACUGAUGUCAGGUUCAGAAAAUAUCUUGAACAUGUGGCUGAUAGAAUUUCAAACUGGGUCACAGAGGAUGAGUUAAAGAGAGAGGCAGUGCAAAACAAGAACAACAGCCCUGUUGAUCCUCCAAAAGAAGAAUGUGCUGUGGAGGAUGAGGAAACUUUGGAACCAAUCAUCAGGAAAGACUCCCUUAAAUCAGAGCAGCUGCGGCUAAAGGAAAAAGAGACGACCAAAAAGUCAAAAAAAGAGAAUGCAGCAAAAGGUAAGCAGCAGGAGGAGAAAAAGAAAAGUAAAGUUUCAUCUGCUGGCAAGAAGAGCCGACCACAGACAGCAGACAGCUCCAAGACUCCCACCAAGUCUUUCACUGUGGAUGAAAACAAAGAUCUGCACCAGACAGAUGAAGAAUCCCAUAGUUUCACAGGCUACAGCAUGGAUGGAAAGUUGGUCCACGUGUCAGGCUGUCUCCAGUAUCUUUUCCCAUCAGAUGGAGGGCAAAUCACUGUGGAGAACGUCAGCUUUGUUGAAGGUUCCAGCCUCAUGAUAGUAGAUGUGAAAAAGGAUGGGCAUCACUUCUACACGCACAUCAACCAAGUUGUUGUCGAUCCUGUGAAGCCUCCUCCUCGGCCUCGAGACGGAAAAACUGCAGAUCCAAAGGAGGAUUUUAAAGUGUUAGAGCCUGUGGAAAUGAAAAGAGUAAAGCAGGGCUCCUUCUCAGCAGUGCUUGAUAAUAGAAUCCGCCUCUCGUACAGUUUCUACGGUCCCACAGGAGAACUCACAGUGAGUUCCCAGGAAACAAAAGGGGGAACUGCAGAGACCUCCAUCGUUGAUCCCAUCCCUCUCUCCUCCUCCAUCCAUCGCUCCAGGGGAACAGACUUGGAGUCACUUCACUCCAAGUCACAAACCCCGUCCAGCCGGAUCAGACCUCCAGAGUCCAAGGGGUGUGAAGGCCAGCCAGCAUUGCCAUCAAGUCAGUUCAACAGUCUAAGCACGUCAGUUCCUAAUGGCCUCGUGCUGCAGUUUCUGCGAGAGGACGCCCAAGGAGUACCACCGGAAGAGAAUGGUAUUUUGGUGCGACAGAGUUAUCCUCUCUGUAGUGGAGAAGAGGUGAGGCAUCUUCAGGACAAGUCCCUCUCCAAAGAACUAUCCCGUAUUAUCACCAGCCAGGGAACCGUGAUCCGUAACAUGAGAGACGGGUCUACAGAGGUGCUGUUUGCAGAUGGUUCAGUCAGUGUCAGCCAAGACUCUGGUCCAGUGUGGGUUUCUGACUCUGAGGUUCAGGAUGAAAACUCUCAUCAAGAAGCUGAGGCCAAGAAGAAAGAACAGAACUCAGAGAAGAAGACUGAGGCUCAGAGAGGAUGCUGGUUGACUACGGCUCCAUCAGGAGAGCGUAUCUGCACUGUUAGGACCACCCACAAACAAAUACCCACCAUCUCUCUUCUCAGCUUUAAGGCUACAGACCCCAUCACCCAUCAGGUGAUGGUAACCCGGGAGGAUCUGGUGGUGUCUGUCAAGAACCCAGAAGGCUCUCUGAUUGUAGAACAUGCAGACGGAACCAGGAUCACCAACAUCCAGGACACUGUACAUACUUAUGCGAAGUUGAGUGAGAGCGUACGAAUGUGUGAUUAUGCUGGAUGUAGUACGGCUAAGAAUGGUAAGCCGAGCGUGUUUACUGACAGGACCGUGACUGAGAAUCGUAAGAUGAGUGAAUGUGAGACUAAGAACGGGGAUAGGGCUACCAAAGAGCGGGUGGUGCUGGUGGAGAAGGAGGGCUGCCCCACAGUAGUGAUGUACCCAGAGCGUCACACAGCUCACAUCUUUUUAGCUGAUGGAACUGUCAUCACUGGGACCAACCGAGGAGAGUAUCAGGUCUUCCCGUCUAGUGCUGGGCUGCUGCAGAUCCAACGUGACGGAAAAUGCCUGUACUCCUCUGAUCCAGCUGUAACUCCCAGUCCAAAAGGUUGCACCCCCGCUAGCCAACCAGGAACUUACACCAUGAGUCACACAGACAAGGUGGCCUGUGACCUCACCGAACCUGAUGGGAACCGCUUUCAGGUGAUGGACGAUGGGCAGAUAGCAGUGGCAGUCUUCAGUCCUGCUCCGAGCACACUUAAACAUGAUGAGGAAGAGGAGGAAGAGCUGGAAGACAGACAAACGGCCAGGCUUUGUGACAAACAGAGAGAACAUUGUCCUAGGCUAUUUCUGGUGCAUGAAGAUGGUUCGGGAACUGAACUGCUGAGCUCUUGCGCUGUAGAGGAACUACUCUAUCAGGCACACUCUGACCCCACCAUAGCACUGCUGAAGGAACCACUGCCAGAUACACAAGAUGAGUAUGGCAUCACCGUCCUGAAGCCCAUCCACCAGAGCGUGUGGUCCCAGUGGCUGCUCGGCAAACAGAACCCUGACAUCACCCCUCCCAACCUCAGAAACCGCAGCUGGCACGACUUCCCCAGUGGAAAGAAUAGUGGUUUAACGAAGAAGAGUCCACGUCCUGCUUUUGGUACUGACUUAGAUCGAGGCCUGACUCUGAGUUCUGGUGGUUCUGGCACGCAGCAUCAACCCGUCAGGAGCUGCCCCAAGGUCCUGGAGAUGAGGCAAAUACAACAGCACCGACCCUUCACCACUCCACUCAAAAACACCAUAGACUCACGACUCAAGGAAUACAUCGAGAGUUUAAUGGAAAGAGAACAGCGAUCAGAGGAGAUGAAGGUUAAAGAUGCUCGAACUGAGGAGGAGAGCGCUCAGGCCAGUGGUCUGCUCAGUCACAUUCUGUCUUUUACAGAGGAAGACAAUGCAAGUGAAUCCACUGAUGAGAGGCAUUCAGUGGACGUAGCCAGCCUCUAUAGCCGAGGAGUUGGAGCACCAGCUGAGACGUCAGGCGUUUCAGAAGACACGGCCACAGCAGACACUGACAGUUUGGAGGAAAUAAAAUGCAUUGGUAAUCGAAAAGAUUCAAAAUGGACUGCAAGACUCGCACAAUACAGACAAGAAAUCGGUGAGGAAAAGACUCAAAGGGAGGCUCUGAGGAAGAAGAGCAUUGUUCCUUUUUUCCACCCAGAAAACAUUUCAUUAUUUGAGAGUCUGCUGGAGCCCCAAAUACCUGACAUGAGGAGGCUAUCAAUGGAUCUGCCACCAGUCCCCAAGUCGUACAGCGCUGACACCUUCCUGAAAGAUGCCCCACAAGAGAGCACCCCACGACCAUUAAACCCAACACCCUCUCAGUCAACAAGUCAUCCAGCAGGAAGCGGCAGAACGCCUGAAAAGAGACCCACCGACCCCACACCUGUUGGUGAAAGCAGUCUGAGGGGUUCAUCCAAGCAUUGUAGAUCAGUUCAAGUGGAAGUGACUGGAAAGCCCAGGCAGUCUAAAGUCAGACUACCUGCCUCCAUCCUCAGCUCCAAGCCCUACACCGUACCAAAUCAGAAGUUCUUGACAGUAGAAGAACCAGUGAGGAGGAAAUGUCGAACAGUUUCUCUUACUAAUCCCAGUACCAUAGCGAGGGGCUUCCAGCUUCUCCCAGAGAGUGUCGACUUCGGUACGCUGCAGGACGGCACAACUUCAACUGUUACCGUGGUGAUGAAGAAUGUGGGUGUGGACGCAUGCAGGUUCCAUGUAAAACAGCCUUCUCCUUGUACCGGCCUCCGGGUCAUCUACAAGCCCGGGCUUGUGGCUGCAGGUUUGCAGGUUGAACUGCAGGUUCAGCUGUUUGCCAUGUGUGCAGCCCCAACAGGAGAACUGGAGCCGAACACGUUUAUCUCCCAGGAUGUUAUCAUCAACACUGAGACAGACAUCUUCUGUCUGCCUGUCACUGCUAAUAUCCUUUGACACGUAAAGAAAUGCUGCAUUUGGAUGGAACGU